ACUUGGAGCUUCUUUGUUAUUCUUCCCCAAAUUCGCUUUCUUCAGAGCGCACACACACACACAGCAAUGGGUAGCGACAGCGAGGCAGAAAAAUCGGCGCAUAAAGAGAAGGAGAAGAAGAAGAUGCUUGCGCUGGCUCCCAUUGCAAAACCCCUUGCAGGGAAGAAGCUUUGCAAGCGAACUUUAAAGCUUGUUCGUAGAGCUGCUGAACACAAAUGCUUAAAGAGAGGAGUGAAGGAGGUGGUUAAAAGUAUAAGGCGAGGUCAUAAAGGAUUCUGUGUUAUAGCUGGGAACAUAUCACCCAUUGAUGUCAUCACUCAUGUUCCUAUCCUGUGUGAAGAGUCUGACAUCCCAUAUGUGUAUGUCCCGUCUAAAGAAGACCUUGCAAGUGCAGGAGCAACAAAGAGGCCUACUUGCUGUGUUUUGGUGCUGACCAAGCCUGCAAAGGGUGAAAUAGAGAAAGGAGAACAAGAGAAACUGAAGUCUGAUUAUGAUCAAGUUGUAUCGGAUGUUACUGAGCUUGCAACUACUACGCUUUUUUGAAACUAGCGCACAUGUAAUCUGUAUUGUUUGUUCCACCGUUGGAUUAACAUGCAGCAGUGUACCUUACAAUCAAUUAAUGUUAUUAUGUAUGGAUUUUUUUUAUUUUUC